AUGGCGGAGACAGACGAGUUUGAUCUGAGCCAGCUAUCGGCAAGCCAGCAGGAGGCUCUGCAGCAGUACACGGAUGUCACAGGCCAGGAGAUAAAGGAUGCGGUCCCUCUACUUGAGCGGUCGCAAUGGAACAUCCAAAUAGCGAUUGCCAAAUUCUUCGAUGGCGAGGGGCCUGAUCUGGUAGCCGAAGCCCAGGCUGCCCAAAACGACAUCCCGCGCACCGAGGCGCGACACGAGAGUUUGCAGGAGAGUUUAUACGCAACCGUCGUCCAGUCGCCGCGGGUUCCACGGCUACAUACAACGGACCCGGCUCCUCGGGUUGUGCCUCAGGGUGCUAUCGUUUACCGGCCUCCAUUCCUCCUUGCCGCCAUCUUCGCGCCGUUUCGGUUGGGAUACCACCUUCUUACCGGCCUCGCCCGCCUCGUUCUGUACAUAAGCUCUUUCCUGCCUCAAUCCAUCCGGCCGCGCACAGUGACAACGUCGAUGCGCAAGGGUUGGCGGGGCACAAAUACACGGAGGGUUGUGCUCCCAAAGGAAACGGCGGAGCGGUUCCGGCGCGAGUUUGAAGAAGAGUAUGGGGCACACGGUCUCACCUUCUUUGACGGCGGGCAUGCCCAAGCACUGGACGCCGCCAAGAGAGACCUCAAAUUUCUCUUGAUUGUGCUGGUGUCCCCCGAACACGACGACACGGAUUCGUUUGUCCGGGACACGCUCUUGUCGCCCGACGUCGUUGCCUUCAUUAACGAUCCGGCCAAUAAUAUUAACAUAUGGGGAGGGAAUGUACUCGAUUCGGAGGCCUACCAGGUGGCCAACGAGUAUCAUUGCACCAAGUACCCCUUUUCCUGCCUGGCCUGCCUCACACCAAAGGAGGGAAGCACGCGCAUGGGGAUCAUUAAACGUCUAGCAGGGCCUAUGCCUCCGGGGGCUUAUCUUGACGGACUGCGGAUCUCCAUAGCCAAAUACUCCCCUGACUUGAAUGGCGUGCGUGCGGAGCGCGCUGCCCAGGCCGUCGCCCGAAACCUGCGCUCGGAGCAGGACUCGGCAUACGAGAGGUCGUUGGCGCUUGACCGGGAACGAGCACGCCAGAAACGGGAAGCUGCUGCCGCCGCCGCCGCCGCGGAGAAGCAGGCUUUGGAGGAAGCCGAGGCAGCGGUGCGGUUGGAAGAGGCGCGGCAGGUGUGGCGAAAAUGGCGGGCAAGGAAAAUCCCAGCGGAACCGGACGCCGGGGCCAAGGACUCCGUCCGUCUGGCGCUUAACAUGCCAGCAUCAUCAGGUGCAGGACGGGUGAUCCGAAAGUUUGCCGGUGAGACGACGCUGGAAGAUCUCUACGCGUUUGUGGAGUGCUAUGACCUUCUGCAGGAGCCGUCCGAGACAGCGGAGACAGCGAAACCGGAGGAUUACGACCACAAGUACAGGUUCCGGAUCGCAUCCGUUAUGCCACGAGAAACGUUCAGCCCGACCAAUGAGACGACGGUUGUGGAGAAGAUGGGCAGGGGAGGAAGCCUCGUAGUGGAGGAUAUUCCCUACGACGAGGAGGACAAUGAAUAG